UUCGACUUUUUCAAAAUCUGAGUUCAGAUUCGUAAUCAGCAUAUUCUUUUACCCUAGAAAAAUCCCUUUUCUUAUUUUUAAACUCUUUUGCACUCUUAAUCCCAACCGUUUCUACCUUAUAUACAGUACUAUAAAAGCUUGUACUUAUUUUUUAAUUUUACCUCAGUUCUUUUUAAUUAUCACCUUUUACAACAAAAAAUGUUGAAGAAGGAAAUUACACUCCAAGCUGUUGGUAAUGAUGGAGUUGUUCAGAGAUGGGUUCGGCGCUCUUAUGUUCGACAUCUUCCAUUGCGACGCAAAUUUUUUGAGCAAGAUCCGGAUGAAGGGACAAGCGAUGAUCAGCAAGUUGUGAAAAUGUUAAAUCCGCUAAAUACUAAAAUUGAAGAAUUGGGUUACCACAUUUUGGCUCGAGUUUUUCAAAGUCUCUCCAUUCUUGAUCGGCUUCGAAUGGAACAUGUUUCUCGUCUUUUUCGCAACACAGCUAAAAUGGGUUGGAUUGGACAGCGCAAAAUUGUUAUAGUUCCAGAGGAGGCGACGAUAGAAGGAAACAAGACCUAUUUGAGUGCUCGCGCUUACUUCCGUCUCUUAAUGAAGCGUUGUUGUCGUUACACUUUUGAACUUGUAAUUUAUCAAUUACCAACAAAGGAUCGCUUAUUCAAAUUACUUCAACUUUCUUAUCUUGUUCAACAUCUUUGUUUGGAUUAUUUGUCUCCCCUCAGUGGCAAUGAAUUUUUGGAAAUUUCUGAACGUUUGCCUGAAUUGAAGUCUUUGGUUAUUAAAAACUGCCGAUUGCAUUAUAAAUUCGCUCCUAAUUUUCAAAGAAUGCUUGAUGGUCUUCAACAUCUUCAAGUACUUUCUGUCGUCAACUGCAAGGGUUUCGAUAAAUUAGAAAUUGAGAGACUUCCUUCAACUCUUCAAAUUCUUCAAUUAAAUUAUCUUGAGGGAAGUUUGGAUAGGCAAUUGAGAAUUAUUCAAACUAUUCGGCAACACGUUCCUAAUAUUAAAGUUCUGGUACUUGAUUCAAGUGAGGAGGAAGUACAUGUUCUAAUGCAAUCAUUACAAAAUAUCAAAGUCUUGGUUCUUCCAUUUAAACUUUUGAGUGAGGAUAAUCAGCGUGCGGAGAAUGUUGAAUUUUACCCUCGAGAAUUUCUUAUGCGUUUGACUGCUUUGGAUUUAGGAGAGGUUACUGUUGAGUUUGGAACUCUCCGAUUUAAUCAAUUACCAAACUUGGAAUAUUUGGCCCUUCAGUUAGAUACGGCCUUAAAUUCUAAAAAUUUAUUCAUUCAAAUCGUUGGGUUGCCUUAUCUGCGUUCAUUGACUUUUAAAAUAAUUGAAAAUGCUUCCUGUGAUUCUAUACAAUGGAAAGAGGACAGACAAUUAUAUGAUUCUUUGAUGUCUAUGGCACAAAAAGGAAUUAUUGAAUAUUUGCACGUCUCUUGGCCGUUAAAUACUUCUCUUGUUGUGGAAUUUGUUAAGAAUUGUUCGAAAUUACGUGCACUUUUCUUUGGAAUUCGAAACAUGAAAAGUCGUGACUCGGAAGAAGAAUUUGAGUGGAAAAGUUUCAUUAAAUCUCUUGAUCAAUUGAAAAAAGGAUUAUUACCAAAAGAAGAUUUUCAAAAAAUAAAAAUGUUCAGCAAUGUUUUUGGUGAAUGGGGCGACCGCAAAUAUUCUCUUAAAUUGGUUCCAGUUAAACAUCCGUGGAUUGAAUGUCUUGAUAAUCCUACACCUUCACAUGUAUUGGGAGAAGUUUGUCUGAAGGAAUUGGGAGAAAAUGUUGAUGUGACAACUGAGUCAGUUUUCUCUCUUUAA